UUCCUGUCUGCAGACUCUUCCCUCAGAACGGUGACGUCAUCAACUUUGCGUCCUGGUUUGCGUUCGCCUUCCCCACCAUGGUGCUGACGCUGACGCUCGCCUGGUUCUGGCUGCAGUUUCUCUUCAUCGGCUGCAACGUGCGGAGGACGUGGGGCUGCGGGGCGGUGCAGUCGGAGAAGGAGCGAGCGGCGUACGCGGUGAUCCGAGACGAGCACCGGCGUCUGGGGCCCGUGAGUUACGGCGAGGUCAGCGUGCUGGCGCUCCUCGUCCUCAUGGUGGUGCUGUGGUUCACACGAGACCCGCGCUUCAUGGACGGCUGGGCCACGCACGUCUUCAACGCCAAGGCCGAGUGAGUACGAUUCAAAACACAGUAACUGAAGGGACGUCUGGAAACUCUCCCAUACGGUCAUGGAAAACCUGGAAAAGCUGUUUAACUUUCAAAUAGCACUUUAGAGGCCCAAAACGGUUUUGGAAAAGUUCUGUUCUACUUUUCUCUGUUUCACAAACACAUGAUGUGUUCAAGGACCAUCAGAAAUUCAUCUGAAUUUUUUUGU